CCUCCUCUCCCGCCACGCCUUAACUUCCUCAUUUUCUCCUCUUAAACAAAAUUCAAAACCAACCAAUCGAAAAAACAAUUCCGAAAUCCGAAAUGGAGCUUCCGGUCAUUGAUCUGUCCCAAUAUUUAGAAAUCCCCAACAAACUGAGCAAUGACCUAGAGACAUUAUCGGGUCAGCUCAAAGAAUACGGGCCCUGGCUCGGUGAGUUGUGUAAGGAAGUGAGUCGGAUACUGAGAGAAACCGGAGCCUUGGUCGUGAAGGAUCCGAGAUGCUCCGCUGAGGAUAAUGACCGGUUCAUAGAUAUGAUGGAGAAGUACUUUGAGAGGCCUCCAGAGUACAAAAGGCUUCACGAGAGACCUCAAUCACAUUAUCAGAUUGGAUCCACCCCAGAUGGAUUAGAAGUUGCAAGGUGUGCGGUUGAUGAAAAGAUUCAAGAAAAGGUAAAAACAAUGCCCAUACAUUACCAACCAUUGAUACCAAAUGGACCUGAUCUCAAAGAAAGAUACAUGUGGAGAGUAAAUCCAACACCAGAAAACACUCGCUUCAAGCACUUUAAUUUGGAACCUCCAAUUCCUGAAGGUUUUCCUGAGUGGAAACAAGUCAUGGACUCAUGGGGAUACAAAAUGGUUAAUGCAGUAGAGGCUGUAUCUGAAUUGGCAGCAAUUGGGUUUGGCUUGCCCAAGGAUGCUUUUACCUCUCUUCUGAAGCAGGGACCACAGCUUCUAGGCCCAACAGGAAGUGACCUUAGCCAUUAUACUGAGGAAGGAACUGUGUUUGCUGGAUAUCAUUAUGAUACUAACUUCUUAACCAUUCAUGGACGAAGUAGAUUCCCUGGUCUAAACAUUUGGCUCAGGAAUGGAAAAAAGAUGGAAGUGAAGGUUCCUCCAGGAUGUCUUUUCAUUCAGACAGGAAAGCAGAUAGAGUGGUUGACUGGUGGAGAAUGCUUGGCUGGUAUGCAUGAAGUUGUUGUCACAGACAGAACAAUUGAUGCAAUCAAAAUGGCAUCAAAGCAAAAUCGCAGCCUAUGGAGGGUGUCCUCAACUCUAUUUUCAAACAUUGCAUCAGAUGCAAUGAUGAAGCCUUUAGGCCAUUUUGCAGAAAACCCACAAGCAAGCAAAUACCCAGCAAUGCUUGCAGGAGAGUUUAUGGAAAAGGAGCUCUCAGCAAUCAAUCUGGGUGCCAAUUAAAUAUGACCAAUCUCGGUUUUAAUGAUAGCUUUUAAUUAGUUAAUAAUAAGCAACAUCUUGUAGGUUGCUGGUUAGUUUGGGUAUGUAUGUAUGUAAAUGAACAUGUUGUGCAAUAAAGAAGGAGCUUAGUAUUAGGACAUCAAACACUUGUAUUUGUGACGUUCUAGCAUUCCCUUCCAAGAUGUAAUCUUUUUAUUCUAGGUAAUGUAAUUAAUAAACUCAUUCAUGAGUUUCUCCUCUUUGAAAUUUAUGGUGAUUGAGAAUUUUAGAUGUGAAAA